CUCGUCACGGGAUUGCUUAUGAUUGUUAGUCAUGGGGAAGAAGACAUGUUCGCAGUAGUUGUCCAGUUCGCAGGUUUAAUGUAUGUAUAAUUGUAAAAGUUGACAUGGCCAACAUCGCGAAGAAAGUGUCAUGGUCUGGCCGAGGCGAAGAUCGCGGAGAGAGAACGCCACUGCUGAACGGUGCCGAGGAUGGGAAAUACAACAGAAAGUUAUCUGGGGGAGGUAUAUUUCAUAUAGGCAGGCUGAGCACAGUGGACCUUGAGGAGGAAAUCACACCCGAAGAGGACAUUGUGAGAAGUCGACCAAAGGAAAUCCCUCACAACGAAAAGCUGCUGUCCCUCAAAUUUGAGAGUCUUGAUUAUGAUAACAGCGAGAAUCAGUUGUUCCUGGAGGAAGAGAGACGAAUGAGUCACAUGGGUUUUAGAUGUCUGGAGAUCAGGCGAUGGGUGAUCUGUGGUCUGAUUGGGUUCUUCACUGGUCUCAUCGCAUGCGUGAUAGACAUUGCUGUGGAGAGUCUUGCUGGGUACAAGUACUAUGUAGUCAAACAGAACAUUGAGAAAUUCACAGAGCUCGGAGGCCUGUCCAUCUCUCUUAUACUGUGGGCAGUGCUGAACUCUGCUUUCGUGAUGGUUGGCGCUAUCGCUGUUGCUUUUAUUGAGCCCAUUGCUGCAGGAAGUGGAAUCCCUCAGAUAAAAUGCUACCUGAAUGGAGUGAAGAUCCCUCGUGUUGUUCGACUAAAGACUCUGGUGGUAAAGGUCUUUGGUGUGAUCUGCUCAGUUGCUGGAGGUCUUGCUGUUGGAAAGGAAGGGCCCAUGAUUCACUCAGGAGCAGUGGUGGCUGCAGGAGUAUCUCAAGGCAGAAGCACUUCACUGAAAAAAGAUUUUAAGAUGUUUGAGUAUUUCCGCAGGGACACAGAGAAGAGAGACUUUGUCUCGGCAGGAGCAGCGGCUGGAGUCUCCGCUGCCUUUGGAGCCCCUGUUGGUGGGGUUCUGUUCAGUUUAGAGGAAGGCGCAUCUUUCUGGAACCAGAUGUUGACUUGGAGAAUUUUCUUUGCUUCGAUGGUCUCCAGCUUCACACUGAACUUUUUCCUGAGUAUUUACCAUGGGAAGCCUGGAGAACUCUCCAGCCCCGGUCUCAUUAACUUUGGCCGCUUUGACAGUGAUACUGUGCAAUAUAAUUUAUAUGAAAUUCCUCUCUUCAUUAUCAUGGGAGCUUUAGGAGGGAUGCUUGGGGCAUUGUUCAAUUUGCUCAAUAAUUGGCUAACAAUUUUCAGAAUAAGGUACGUUCACCGGCCGUGCCUGCAGGUAAUGGAGGCUAUGCUGGUUGCGGCGGUGACCGCUACAGUUUCCUUCACUAUGAUCUAUUUCUCCAAUGACUGCCAGCCAUUGGGACCGGACCACACUGAGGAGUAUCCUCUGCAGCUCUUCUGUGCUGAUGGUGAAUAUAAUUCCAUGGCCACUGCCUUCUUCAACACACCUGAGCGGAGUGUAAGGAGUCUGUUCCACAACCCCCCAGGAACGUACAACCCUGUGACUUUAGGGGUCUUCACUCUAGCCUAUUUCCUCCUGGCUGUCUGGACGUAUGGUCUGACCGUGUCGGCAGGAGUGUUUAUCCCCUCUCUGCUCAUUGGAGCAGCCUGGGGACGACUCUUUGGGAUCCUUUUGUCUGUCAUCGCUUCCAGCCAAUCAAUUUGGGCAGAUCCUGGGAAAUAUGCUCUGAUAGGUGCUGCUGCCCAGCUUGGUGGCAUUGUCAGAAUGACACUCAGUCUCACUGUAAUCCUGGUGGAAGCCACCGGGAAUGUGACCUAUGGCUUUCCCAUCAUGCUUGUGCUGAUGACUGCCAAAAUUGUGGGGGAUUACUUUGUAGAGGGCCUGUAUGACCUCCAUAUUAAGCUGCAGAGUGUUCCUUUCCUCCACUGGGAGGCUCCUGCUACUUCUCAUUGGCUGACGGCCAGGGAGGUCAUGAGCUCUCCAGUCACCUGCUUUAACAGAGUGGAGAAGGUCGGAACGAUUGUGGACGUUCUUAGCAACACAUCCACCAAUCACAACGGCUUCCCAGUGGUUACCCAUACUACUGGGCAUGAUGAGCUGGGCAAAAUCUGUGGACUUAUUCUCCGCUCUCAGCUUAUUGUUCUUCUCAAACAUAAGGUGUUUGUGGAGAGGGCAUCUUCACGUCUCAUCCAAAGGAAGUUACAGCUGAAGGACUUCAGAGAUGCAUAUCCGCGUUUCCCUCCUAUUCAGUCCAUCCACGUCUCUCAGGACGAGAGGGAGUGCAUGAUGGAUCUCACUGAGUUCAUGAACCCGACCCCAUAUACUGUGCCUCAGGAGACUUCACUCCCUCGUGUGUUUAAAUUGUUUCGGGCGCUAGGACUGAGACAUCUGGUGGUGGUUGAUAAUGAGAACAGAGUUGAGGGGCUGGUAACCAGGAAGGAUCUUGCACGCUACCACAUGGGUAAAGAUGGCCUGGAGGAGCUUCACCUGGCUCAGAUGUGAUUGGUUGUCGAGUUCAUCCUGGACCCUGCCUUCAGAGCACCAGCUUUGGACCGUAAUAACUCAGGGGCUGGUCAGUCCCUCUCUCAUGUCAAAGAUGCCAAACACAAACCUGCAACAUGCACAAAUAUGUCCAACAUUCAGUAUUUUAAGGGCUUGAUUAUUUGAAAAAUACAUUUUUGCUCCUUUACAAAUUUUUUUUAGUUAUGGGUUGAUUUGAGCAUUGAAUGAGCACAUUAUGUUAGUACGUAAUGUUAGUUUUGCACUAUGUGACUAUUUAUUACAUUUAUAAUAUUUUAGAGUAGAUUUUCGUGAUUUUCCCCCACUUUUCGUGGCUCUCCAAAAGCAUCAUUUUGUGUCACCUUACAUCUUUAUCAUGGGUAGUUACUAUUUGAAACAUGUACAUCAAUGUGAUAAUGUAUAUCGACAUGACAAUGUGUCACUAUGCAUUUUUUCUAUUUCAACAAGGUUUUGUUUUUGCAGUCGCAACAAUUCCUGCGCAAUAUAAAUAAUGAAUGCUUACUUGCUUAUGCAUAAAAAUAGUUCUAGUAAAAUGCUGUUGGCUCAAAGUAAGACAUCAGUUAUGAAUGUGCAGGACAAUUUAAGCAAGUUUACUGAUCUUAGAUUUCUCUUAUGCCCAUUUGUAGCAUUAGGAAGCCUAUUGGUGAUGCCUUUAUGUGCACUUAAUACAGACUACUACAUAUAUUGUUACAGUUAAUAUGGUUCUUUGCAUAUUUGUUUACCUAGUUCUAUUUAGGAUUUUUAAAUGUUUCUGUCUUGGUUUAUCAGUUUAAUAUUAUAAAAUAUUUUUGGGUAGAUCAGGCCCUAAAAUUAAAUACAUAAAUCCUAUUUUUCACGUGGCAAGUUUUGGUACGAGCUUAAAACUAGCGAGCGGUUUUAUGUUGUACAUUUCCUGAGGACAGUUUGCUUAUACAGAAUGUGAAUUUUCUGCCUUGAGCUGCAUUUGUUUUCUGUGAAAAUCUAUACUUUAAAAUGAACACAUAAAUCACAGUAUUGGGCAGUGAAAGAUUAUGCUCAAAUAAUUGCCAAGCACUGAUUGCAAGAAACGGUCUUUACCUGAACAGUAGAUGAAGCGUAUAAACAUGACGUUGUUGUCUGUGUGCUAAAAACAUUGACGAAUGCUGUACGCCUCGAUGUUUAAAGCCAACAUUUUUUGUUUUUAUUGAUCAAUGAACUUUUGCUCUGCUGAUCUCUACUUUUAUAUUGUUGUUGAUUUGAAGCAACAACAAAAAAAGAGUGAAUUUUAUAACCAUUUGAACCUUGUGAACUAAUAAAGCUAUGAAUUAACAAAUUAA